AUGCCGAAGAAGAAAGUCGCCAAAGUAAAGAGGGCGAAAGCUGGGAAGGGAAAGAAAGAGGGCAAACAGGAUACGAAGGCGGACAAAGAGUCGGAUAUGGAAAAGGCCAAGGCCAACGCUGCCCUGUGGGAGCUCAGGCUACAGGUCACCGACCAGUCGCUGGUGCAGUACCGCGAGACCUGUCGCAAGUUGGCACGAGCCAAUGAGGAGCUCACCAACCAGCUGUACCGCGCGGAGAAGGACAGCAUGGACGUGACUGGCUUUUUGAAGAAAAGAGAUGCAGCAAAAGAGGAGAAGAUCAACAUGCUGCAGGAAACACUCAAGACUCAAGAGGCCCUUGCACGUCAAGAGCAAAACAAACUGAUUGAAGACUACACACUUGAAAUCAACGAGAUGAAGGAACUGUUCAGAAAGAAAUCCGGUGACUUUAACAUGAUACAGGAUGGGAUGAAGAAAAUUAAGGACUUUCAGAAGAAGAAAGCUCAGAUGGAGCAGGAGCUCAAUGAUAUAAGAGAGAGUAUGGACAUUGCUGAGAAGAAGCACGGGGAAACCAUAAACAAAAUGGAGUGCAAAUUCUUCAAAGAAAAGGCUCGUCUGGAGAGAGAAGCUGAGCAAACGAUAGCCAUGGUAGUGGAGAAGGCCCACAGUGAAGCCAUUGUGCAGCUGGACGAUGCCUCACGCUCUGUGUUCAAGGAGAACGUCCGUCUCAACGAAGCACUGAAAUAUCACAUAAAGGAGGCAGAGGACCUGCAGAAACUGACAGAUUCAUUGGCUAAGGAAAAGGCGUCCCUGGAACUGGACAUGAACACAUUUGAGACGAUAAUCAAGAAGAAUGCUGCUCAGAUGGAGGACCAGAAAGAGGAGGUAUUUAAACUGAAGGAAAAGGUAGCAUCACUGGAGCAGGCCUUAAAGCUAAAAGCUAGGGAAGCUCAGCGAGAAGAGGAGAAGAAAAAGGUCCUGGUCAGCAUCCAGGCCCAGGCCAGCCAGGUGGAGUUGGAGAAGCUGCAGAAAGUACUUGCCAUGCGGGAGAGAGAGUUGGGGCAUGUCAAGCAGCUAGCCCACACAAUUGUGGAGCAGCGCACAGAGGUGGAGCAAUUCUUCCAUGACGCACUGGCUCAGGUGAAGCAGGAGAUCAAGGGCAGCAGGCUACAGUACAAAAAGGAGGCACUACAGGCUUAUCGCUCGAGGGUGAGAGAAGCCACAGCAGGAAGGCUUAAGUUUCCACCCAUCCGCACCUUUCAUAAAAGCCCCCACAGUACCAACUCUGUCUAUUCAGACAUGGAGGCGGCUGCAAGGUGGACGCAUCGACCAGGCAGUAAAGUUGAAAUUUCAGAUCUCACUUGGGAGCAGAAGGAACAAAUGCUUAGGCUCCUCUUUGCCAAAAUGAACGGACAAAUGGCAAGGAACACCAGCCAACAUCUGGUGUUGUCUGCCUCCUACGAGAAGAAGAACCUAACUGACAAAUUAGAGAGGAGCUCUCCGCGGCGACCUUCAUCACCCAGGCGCCUGAGUCCGUUCUGCCUUCAAACCCAUACAGUCUGCCGGAUAUACACACCACAUGACCUCUGUGUGGCCUCUAUAUUACACUCUGGAUUGUUUGCCUCUGCUUUGCACCCUUCAGUGUCAAUCAUGCGUGUUAAGUAGAAUACGAGA